AUGGCCAUAUUAACCGCCACUAAACACGACGGCGAUUCGCUAAACGCCGAUGUUGUGAUCAUCACCACCGGCCGCCGUCGUAUUCCAGCGAACUCCGGCAUCCUCGCUUCUGCGUCUCCGGUACUUACGAACAUCAUCGAGAAACCGAGUAAAAGCAACGGUGGUUCAUCGAAGAGAGUCAUUAAGAUUCUAGGCGUUCCAUGCGACGCCGUUUCGAUCUUCGUCAGAUUCCUUUAUUCUCCUAGUCUAACGGAGAAGGAGAUGGAGAAAUACGGAAUCCAUCUGCUAGCUUUAUCGCACGUGUACAUGGUGGCUCAGCUGAAGCAACGGUGCACCAAAGGCGUUGGAGCGAGAGUUACGGUCGAGAACGUCGUCGACGUUCUUCAGCUAGCUCGGCUCUGCGACGCACCUGACCUAUGGCUCAAGUGUAUGCGUUUGAUUCACACCAAGUUCAAAACCGUUGAGCAAACCGAAGGAUGGAAGUUUCUUCAAGAACACGAUCCUUUUCUUGAACUUGACAUUCUCCAAUUUAUCGACGAUGCUGAAUUGAAACGAGUCGAUGGUAAAGGUUGUCUUCGUUGCAAGAGAAUGAUUCAACUCCUUAGACUCCAUUCUUCCGUUUGUGACCAAUCUGAAUCUUGCCGUGUCCCUCUUUGCAGGCAAUUUAAGAAAAGAGGAGAAAAGGAGAAGAAAAUGGUUGAGGACACGAAGUGGAAGGUUCUGGUGAGAAGAGUUGCGUCUGCGAAAGCAAUGUCUUCGUUGUCUCAAUCAAAGAAGAACAAAAGUGAAGUGUUAUUAAAAGAAGAAGCAGAAGAUUUCAUCAGAAUCCGGAAGAAGUUAAUUUAA